UCCACACCCAAAACAGCAGCCAAACAAACAUUUCAGGGAAGCAGUGAAAUUCCAAUAGAAUUUCCUCAAUCAAAGGAUGCAAAAAUCGUCACACUUUGCCCGCGAAGAUUCCCAGGAGCGUCUACCCAGCAGCCAAACGCAUACCCACAUUGUGAACAUGAAGAGACGUACUUUAUCCGGAAGUUGUGGCGUUGGCGUCUUCGUGUUUGCUUUUGCCUUCAUUGUGAUUGCAUUUGCAACGCCCAGUUGGUUGGUCAGUGAUUACCGCAUCACGGGCGCCAAGUUGGAUCGCCUGGGAUUGUGGGUGCACUGCUUCCGGUCGCUACAGGAUGUGAAUGACGAUAGUCAACGGAGGUUCUUCGUGGGUUGUCGCUGGGUGUAUGACCCAUUUACCCCGGGCUACGAUGAGAUUCGAGGAUUCCUGCUGCCCGCUUUCAUGAUAGCCACUCAGUUCUUCUACACCUUGGCUUUCAUUGGAAUGUUACUGUCUGCAAUUGGGGUGCUCAUAUUCGUCCUUUGUGCUGGUCCGGAUCAGAAGCAUUUCAUAACACUGAUCAAGUCAGUGGGAUACGUGCUACUUGGAGCCGGGGUAAGUGCAGCCAUUGCGGUGAUAGUUUUCGCUGUAUUUGGCAACCGGAAUGGUUGGAUGCCGGAGCAUGCAAAUAAUUGGUUCGGCUGGUCCUUCGUCCUGGCAUGUGUGGGUACAGUGUUUACCCUGGUGGCAGCCACUUUGUUCCUUACUGAAGCUCAUGUUCAGCACAAAAAGAGGAUACAGUUCAAAGAAUCGCAGACGCGAUUCGAACUGGUGCGCGGAUAGUCGCAGUCGCAGCAACUGGCAUACUUGCACCAAGGAAAUUACAAGCAAAUUAAGAGGAAAACAAAACAAACACAUUCCGUCCCCACGAAGAAUUCUCACCCCAAUCAUUACAGUCGAACUUCUAAAAGACAAAACAUCCAAACUCACAUUUUCUGAAAGUUAAAGUUUCGUUCUUAAAUGUUAUAUGUUUUUAUGUUCUUAGCUCGAAAGUAUUAGUAAUUCUUCUAAUUAGUUUUUCUAUAAUUAGAAACCUCUUAGGAAGAUAUCUUCAUAAGGCUUGUCUUCAGUUUUUCAUAAACUUAAUAACUAUAAAACUGUUUAUGCAGAAGUGUGUGUUUGCCAUAUAUUAGUUUCAAAAAAGUAUUUAACCCAGAAAUGUAAAUUAGUUUAACUGAAAAAUGUCAUGUCAUGUUUCGUGCCUAGAAACCUAAAGAAAAUUGAGUUCAGAGAAGUUCGACUGUAAAUGUAGUUUUUAGAUAAGAAAGUUUAUGCAAUUGACAGUCGCACUCAUAUUACAAGCCUUCAGUUUUUGGUACUUAUUAAUCAUCCAUCCAAUCGACCAAAUCAGUUCCAAACGAAGACUGAAUGUUUUUCCGAAUGAAAAUCACAAGCACCGCUACCAUCAAACGAAGACGCUCAACCAGAUGACUCAUGUUCAUGUAGAGUAUUCUACAGUAUUUGCAUAUCAAUUUUCGCUCAAUUGACGCCCUGAGACAACCACCACUCCCCCCUCAACAAUUGUACGUAUUUUUUUUGCAAAGUCGCAGGCUAGUUGAAACUAGCAACGAAAUAUUACACUCGUGCCUUAAUUAGAGAGAACUAUUUUUGUAUAGUUCAUAGUGCCUAAAAACCAUUUAUUGUUAUAUACCUGAUCGGCCUGCCUGCGAUGAUGCCCAUAAAACCCAUUGGAUUGCAUAAACUUCAGCUAAGCUAGUGCCUUAAUUAAGUGACCCAGAGAAAGCUAAGCGAAUUCUGUCCCUUAUCUAUAAGAACAUUCUCUUUUGUAAUCGAAUAUUCCGCACAAAAAUGCCUUCUUUUAAAGGUAAUUAAUAAGUAAGUUGUACUUUUAACCGUCCAAUGCACAAAACUAGUAUUUGUAACAUAUCUAAACUUCAAGAAUUUAGCAAUGUUUUUAAAAGCAAUACAAACAUCUUUUACCCCCUUUUACAAUAAUAUUUGUAACAUGUUUUAUGUACAAACGACUUUUAGCUAAAGCGAAGAAUAAUAAAGUUUUUAUUGUAUACAACA